AUGGAUUAUUCCUAUGAUGAGGACCUGGACGAGCUGUGUCCGGUCUGCGGGGACAAGGUCUCCGGGUACCACUACGGGCUGCUCACCUGCGAGAGCUGCAAGGGCUUCUUCAAGAGGACGGUGCAGAACAACAAACACUACACCUGCACCGAGAGCCAGAACUGCAAGAUCGACAAGACCCAGAGGAAGCGCUGCCCGUACUGCCGCUUCCAGAAGUGCCUGACCGUGGGGAUGCGCCUGGAAGCCGUGCGCGCGGAUCGGAUGCGUGGUGGGAGGAACAAGUUUGGGCCCAUGUACAAACGGGACCGUGCCUUAAAGCAGCAGAAGAAAGCGCUGAUCCGUGCCAACGGCUUCAAGCUGGAGACAGUGCCACAGAUCGUGUCACCCGUGCAGAACGACUACGGGCUCUCCUCCACCAUCCACAGCAUCCACGCCAUGGCCAAGACCCUGCCGCCCAACCCCGCCGCCCUGACGCCUGCUGACUACGAGCGCGGCCCCUACGGGACCCCCUCCCUGGCCAUGACUGUGCCCAGCCACGCGCCGCUCGCUGGCUACCACUAUCCCUCCUUCCCCAACCGCACCAUCAAGUCUGAGUACCCCGACCACUACAGCGCUGUGCAUGAGGCCGUGCCUGCCUAUGCGUACCCAGAGACCUACCCCAGCAGCUCCCCACCCGACAUCCCCGAGGUCAUCCUGAAGCUGCUGCAGCUGGAGCCUGAUGAGGCACAGGUGAAGGCACGCAUCCUGGCCUGCCUGCAGCAAGAGCAGGGCAAGGGCCGGCAUGAGAAGCUCAGUACCUUUGGCCUCAUGUGCAAGAUGGCUGACCAGACACUAUUCUCCAUCGUGGAGUGGGCGCGGAGCUGCAUCUUCUUCAAGGAGCUGGAGGUGGGAGACCAGAUGAAGCUGCUGCAGAACUGCUGGAGCGAGCUGCUGGUGUUCGACCAUGUGUACCGGCAGCUGCAGCAUGGCAAAGAGCACAGUGUGCUGCUGGUCACCGGGCAGGAGGUGGAUCUGUCGGCAGUGGCAGCGCAGGCGGGCUCCAUCCUGCACUCUCUGGUGCUGCGGGCACAGGAGCUGGUCCUGCACCUGCAUUCACUUCAGGUGGACCGUCAGGAGUUCGUCUGCCUCAAAUUCCUGAUCCUCUUCAGCCUUGAUGUGAAGUACCUGGAGAACCACACGCUGGCUAAGGACGCUCAGGAGAAGGCCAAUGCAGCACUGCUGGAGUACACAGUGUGCCACUACCCGCACUGCACAGACAAGUUCCGGCAGCUGCUGCUGCGGCUGACCGAGGUCCGGGCGCUGAGCAUGCAGGCAGAGGAGUACCUGUACCACAAGCACCUGAGCGGAGAGGUGCCCUGCAACAACCUCCUCAUCGAGAUGCUGCAUGCCAAGCGGACUUGA